AUGACAUUGCAAUUUGAUAUUACCCAAGUCGUAAGGCCUAAAAUUUUGAAUCUAGAGCCUUACAGAUGCGCUAGAGAUGACUUUAAAGAAGGUGUAUUGCUUGAUGCAAACGAGAAUCCAUAUGGACCUACGCUAGAAGAUUAUGAUGUUGAUUCGCUAUUACACCGGUACCCGGAUCCUCAUCAGAUUGACUUUAAACAGCGUAUGGCGGAGUAUCGUAACACUAAAUCUAUCUUCAAGGAUCAGCAGUUGACACCAUUGGAUUCCGAUAAUCUGUGUCUUGGUGUUGGGUCUGAUGAAAGCAUUGAUGCGCUCAUUCGGGCCUGUUGUGUCCCGGCAAAGGAGAAAAUACUCAUUGCCCCAGCAACUUAUGGGAUGUAUACUAUAUGUUCUGAAAUCAAUGACGUGGAGUACGUUGAAGUGCCAUUGUUGACUUCGGAUAAAGAGUUAUUUCAAAUCAACGAAGAUGAGAUCAUUAAGACUUUGGAGAACGACCCUACAAUUAAGUUGGUCUUCAUUACUUCCCCAGGAAAUCCAACUGGUACAUAUAUUGAGUACAAUCGGAUUGAAAAGAUUCUAUCUCGUUGGCAAAGAGGUAUUGUGGUUGUGGACGAAGCGUACAUUGACUUUGUAGAAGGACCAAACAAGGGCUCUUUGGCCCCGCUAGCCACUAAAUAUGAGAAUCUUGCUGUGUUACAAACUCUUUCGAAAUCAUUUGGUUUAGCUGGUGUCAGAUUGGGUAUCACUUACUCUUCAAAACAAAUUUCCAGGAUAUUAAACUCCAUGAAAGCACCUUAUAAUAUUUCUCACACAACUUCAGAAGUGGCCUUGAAAGCCGUGGAACCUGAAAACUUGGAAAGAAUGGAACAGAACGCCAAAUCAAUUAACAAAGAAAAGUUAAGGGUUCUAAAAGAAUUGACUUCCCUUCCUCUCGUUAAACAGUUGGGCGGAUUGGACGCAAAUUUCAUUCUAUUGCGUAUUAACAAUGGAGAUAACGAUCUAACUAAAAAAUUGUACUAUGACCUUGCCACCAAAUCCGGUGUUAUAACUAGAUUUAGAGGUAAUGAACCGGCGUGUUCCGGAGGAUUGAGAAUAACAAUCGGUACCGUCGAAGAAAAUGAUGUUUUGAUCAGAGAGUUUAAGAAACAUCUAUCGGCAUUGACUGCCUAG